AUGAGUCAAAUUAGCGGAGUUCUGGAUUAUUGUAUUAAGGGAUUAAUUGAAUAUGAAACCCAGAAAGUAGUACAAAUUCAUUCGAAAAAAAUUGGUAUCACAUUCAGACUUAUACAAUUGGGAAUAAUCAUGUAUGUGAUUCUUUGGGUUAUGGUUUAUGAAAAAGGUUAUCAAUCAUUCGAUCAAGCAGUGAGUGGAGUAACGGCAAAAUUGAAAGGUGUAGCAUUUGCCAAUGUGACAAAUAAUCCAGAGAUUGGGGCUAGAGUUUGGGAUGCAGGGGAUUAUGUUAUACCACCACAACAGAACUCCGCAUUCUUUGUGAUGACAAAUGUUGUUUAUACAUCAGGACAAAUGUUAGGAGUUUGUGAAGAAGCACAUGAUGUACUUGGAAACAGUUGUUACAAUGAUUCACAAUGUCAAGCUGGACAUUUAGUUCUACGAGGUAGUGGAAUACAAACUGGACGGUGUGUAAAUUCUACAAGACAAGCAAACUUAAGUGUCUGUGAAAUAUAUGGAUGGUGUCCUACAGAGCAUGAUAUUAUUCCUAGACCUCAUUUACUUGGAUCAGCUGAAAAUUUCACUGUAAUGAUAAAAAAUAAUAUUGAAUUUCCGCGUUUUCGUGUGAAAAGAAGAAAUAUUUUAAGUUGGAUGAGUCGUUUAUUCUUAAAAACUUGUUUAUAUAAUCCAAAUGAUAAAAUACUUAAAUAUUGUCCCAUUUUUCGUCUUGGUGAUAUAUUGAAAUAUUCUGGUUCAGUUAAUAAAGACAUCUGGGAGACUGGAGGUAUGGUAUCUAUUCACAUUGAAUGGAAUUGUAACUUAGAUUUUGAUGAAGAAUAUUGUCUACCAAAGUAUAUAUUUCGUCAAUUUGAUGACUUUCAAUUGAAUGUAGCUAAAGGAUGGAAUUUUCGUUUCAGUCAUCAUUAUCUUGAUGGUGGAAAGCGUAAACGUAAUAUGAUUAAAGCAUAUGGGAUACAAUUUUUUAUAACAGUCUAUGGAACUGGAGGUAAAUUUGAUAUACUUACAUUUUCAAUGAAUUUAGGCUCUGGUUUAGCACUUCUUGGUAUAGCUACUGUGUUAUGUGAUUUAAUUGUAUUAAAUAUUACAAGUAAGAGAAGUGUUUAUCGUAAAGCAAAAAUUGAUCUAAUUGCUGAAAAGAUUAAAUUAAAACAAAAUGAAAAAAUUAAUGACGUAAACAAUAUAAAGUCAAAUCUUUCAUUCUCUGAAACUUCUAAUUCUGAAAAGAAAAGUCAACUGAUUGUACGACGUCAUCUUGAUGAAUUGAGAACACCUGAAACAGAAUAUCCACCUAAACUUCCAACUUUAAAUUCAUCUAAUCAUUAUAAUAGUUUAGUUUUAAAUGAAACAUCAGAGAAUAAAUCAAUAGAUAUCAUUUCUGAUAGAAAAUUAACAACUCAGUUCCCUUCAAUUCAACCAAGUUUUCUUGGAUUGUUAUCAUUGUGGAGAGAAAAUUCACCUCCAAGAAAUUCUUAUUCUCAUAAUAUAAUGAAUAUAACUUCAAGUGUUCACAAUAAUGGAAAUAAAGUUGACAGUUUCUUACUUCCAUCUAUUAGUCCUAUUCAACUAAGUUCUAAUGACAAAUAUUUGUCAAUACCUUAA